UAAUUUGGAAAAUCUUGCCAACAUGCUCCAGUGAUUCCAAAUUCAUCCCUAAGGGGGGUUUUUUUUUUUUUUUCCUUAUUUAUUUAUUAAUUAUUUUUGAGAUCGUUGGGUUGGAGGCGAUUUGUCGGUUUCCCCCUCUGCAAGAAAUUGAUCAUAUAAAGCGAGGUGAAGCCAAGAAGGCGAAGAAGAGGAAAUUGCAGACAAUUGAGAGAAAAUGGCGUCGUCGUCAGAGGAGAACUUGAAGCAACAAUUGCAGGAAUUGCAGAAACAGCUUGGGAAGAAGCAGAUGUUCGAGGAAGCCGUUUUAUCGAUUAAGUCUCUGCUUGUUGACCACUACUCUUCUUCUUCACCUUCUCUGCGAAAAUUGUUUUAUUCAGUUGUAUGCCGGGUUGCUACUAUUUUGAGGACCAGAUACACUGCUCCCGGGUUCUGGCUUUCUGGGCUAAGGCUUUUUGAGCAGGCUGAAUCCAUGGUGACUGAUUCUUCUGAGAAGGAGAACUUGAAGAGUUGCAUUGCUGGUGCUAGGCAGCAGCUGAACCAUGUAGAGAAUCUGUCUGAAGCUUCGGAAACAACAGAAAAUAGGGCUAAUAGAGGAUACCUUUUCGAGGGACAUCUCACUGUGGAUCCUGAGCCUCCAAGACCCCAAUGGCUGGUGCAAUCUAACAACCUCUUGACAGCUGCUGCUACACUUUCUAACUUAGAAUCAGCCAAUGGUCUUACAGAAAAUAAUAAUAUCACAUCAGAAAAUGCUGCUAGUAUACUUUUGCAGCUGAUGGAUGACCUUCAGGAUAUUGUGCCUGAGAUCCUGGACAAUGAUACUAGAGCCCCAAGAGUACCACCUGCCAGUAAAGAAGUGGUGGCGAAUCUCCCAGUUAUUACUCUUACAGAAGACGCCUUAUCAAAGCUCAGUGGUGAUGCAGAAUGUGCUAUUUGCAAGGAGAACUUCGUUGUAGAUGACAAAAUGCAAGAGUUGCCCUGCAAGCACACAUUUCACCCUCCCUGUUUAAAGCCGUGGCUGGUAAUGUACCUCAUCCUUAUUCAUCAUAAUAUUAGAGAAGAAACUCAGAGCUCCUCUUAUGCUUCCACUUGCCAUUUGUCUAAAAUUUGGCUUUCUCGUUCCUGGACAUUUCGCUUUGGCAGGAUAAGCACAAUUCUUGCCCAAUCUGUCGGCAUGAACUGCUCACUGAUGAUCGUGCCUAUGAGAGCUGGAAGCAGAGGGAGAAGGAGGCGGAAGAAGAGAGGAAAGGGGCUGCAAAUGCAGUUCGAGGGGGUGAAUACAUGUAUGUUUAGUUACUUGUUUCAGUUUCUGUUGUCCUGAUAGUGAUCCCUUCGUCAAAUGUUGUCUUUCUGGGCUUUCUUUGUAGCAUGUUUUCCGUGAAAACUCUCAAUUCCAUAGUUAUAACUAUACCAUUUGCAUUGGAUUUUGAAGACUGCUGAAAAUUUAAGAAAAAGAUUGGUGGUUAUUUCA